UUGAAUGCACGGAACACAAGAUCACCGUUUUUUGACCUUUUAUCGAAUUUCCCUUAAAACUCGUCACCCGACACCACGAUAUUCAUAUUCCUAUUCUCCACACGCGUCCAACCACGUGCCAGGUUUUAUCGCCUCCUCUCUUCUUUCUCUCAACCCAAAUCAUUCAUUUCUCACCGGUCCAACAACAAUGGCUUCCAAACCCACUUCCUCCUCCACUCUGUACUUCCAAGACAUGGACGAGCUCCAUAAGGUUUUCAACCAGUUCGACUCCAACGGAGACGGCAAGAUCUCCGUUGCUGAGCUCGGCAAUGUUCUCAAAUCCAUGGGCUCUUCGUACACCACCGUAGAGCUCGAACGCGUGAUGGACGAAGUCGACACCGAUAAGGAUGGUUUCAUCAAUCUCCAGGAGUUCGCUCAGCUCUGCCGCUCCUCCUCCGGCGCCGCCGCUGACUCUGAGUUGAAAGAAGCUUUCGAUCUGUAUGACCAGAAUAAAAAUGGACAGAUCUCGUCUGCUGAGUUGCACCAAGUGUUGAAUCGCUUGGGGAUGCAGUGUUCUAAGGAGGAUUGCGAGAGGAUGAUCGGAAGUGUUGAUUCUGAUGGAGAUGGAUGUGUGAAUUUUGAAGAGUUUCAGAAGAUGAUGGCUACUACUAUCAACAAUGAAACCGCCACUGCUCGAGCUGCUGAUGGGGUUCAAAACGACGCGUAGUUUUCUUCGGUUUCCAUCUGGUACUUUUCUCGAUUUUGGAAUUUGAUUUGAUGUGUAAAUUUUGGACCAUGUUCUGAUAAUCUAAUAUUCGGAUAAUUUUAUGUUUUCUAA